UGUGCGGAGGCAAAAACUGUUAGAAUAUAUAAUCUCCAUAUACCAUCUGUAUUGGCUACUUAAACUUGCUCUGAUUGUCUAUGAAAGUAAUAUGUAAGUUUAUGGUCUUUGACGUUUCCUUCCUUCUCUUCCGUCAUGGCCUCCAAUGGAAUAGGCACGUAAUUGCUCUCCUCUGUCCUUAUUUUAAUUUAAUUAACAAUAUGUAGCGCUCCAUACGUAAGUUAAUUUAAUGUUUAGUGUCAGCUGUGAUGUCCUGAAAAUGUAAUCCUUUUUCUCCGGUUCUUUAUAAUAAAGAAUGUGAAGAAUCUCCGAGGUUUGAUUGUGGUAAGCGACCCACGCGCCCUGUAGCAACUCACCUGCAAAGCCAACUGUAAGUUGCUAGAUCUGCCGACCCAUCUGGCGUGCAGGUCUAUCAGGUUCCGGUCCCAGCGUUAAUCGUCGAGAACAGGAAGACGACGACGAUCGACCACAGCGCAUGGUAACCUAACCUCACUUAACCUAUACUCAACAUGGCAACUACAAGCGAGAAUGAGCGAACGCCUCACGCUACGUUCUCGUUCGACAAACUGGACGGAGUGAACGAUUAUCUAAACUGGAAAUUCUGUAUGCGGCACGCAUUAAUCAUGGAAGGUUUGUGGUCGGCGGUGGAAGGCACCGAGACAGACACAACUAAGAUUCAACGUGCUCUGGCAAGAAUAUGUCUUUCGGUAAAACCGCAUUGCAUGCAACAUUUACGGACAGCUGACACAGCUAAGAAAGCAUGGAGCAAUUUACAACAGAUUUUUGAAGAUAAAGGUCUCUACAGGCGGGUCGUGCUGCUGAGGCAACUACACCGGGCAAGUUAUACAGAUUAUAGUUCUAUGCAACAAUACAUUGAGGCGGUCACAACGCUUGUUCAAAAGCUAGAUGAUAUUGGCCGCACAACAGAAGAUGCAGAGGUUGCUGAGCUACUACUGUCGGGGCUGCCACAGGAGUAUGACGUCCUGGUUUCGAGCUUGGAGGCUGCUAGUCUUACUAAAACUUUAACAAGCGAGAUGGUACGAGCCCGACUACUUCAAGAGGAGUUUCGACGCACCACUAUUGACAGCGAUAAGGCUAAUGCAGCAUUAUUUACCAAAACUACUUCGAAGAAAAUAAUCUGCAGUUACUGUAAGAAGCCUAAUCACCAUAAGUCGAAAUGUUUUAAGUUCAAGAGAGACAAGAAAAAUAGUGACAGUGUUCAACAUGGUUUAACAGUGUCUGCUCUUGCUGCGUAUAGCUCCGAAGACUGGAUUGUGGACUCUGGGUGUACCAACUCCAUGUAACAAGAAUACCCCAGCAUGUGUGCAGAGCCACCACACCCCUACAAGCAAGGAGUACACUUCUUGUGCUGCCGUGGAUGCUACGAGGGAGCAUGAUUGUGCUCUUACAACCUCGGAUGUGCCUGCGCACAUCUGGCAUAGACGGCUGUCACAUUUAAGCAAAGCAGGUAUGUGUGAACUUCUUAAUAUGUCCUAUGGCUUAAAUGCUUCUGUUAAAGAUUGUGAGCUAAAGGAUUGUGAGACUUGUAUUAAGGGGAAGCAAAAGGUUAAAAGUUUUCCUAAAGGUAAAGCUAGGAGGGCACAAAAAUUGCUUGCAUUAGUUCAUUCUGACGUCUGUGGUCCUAUGGAGGAGUCAACUUGGGGGGUUCACGUUACUUAGUGACUUUUACAGAUGAUUUCAGUCGAAAAACAUAUGGCUAUUUAUUAAAAUAUAAAAGUGAAGUUAUGAGCAAAUUUAUUGAAUUUAAAAAUUUAGUAGAACGACAGACAGGCCAUAAGAUCUUAUGUUUGAGAUCUGACGGAGGAGGUGAAUAUUGUAAUAGUAGGUUUGACAAGUAUUUAGCUGAUUGUGGGAUUGUUCAUCAAACAACUAUACCUUACAGCCCUAGCCAAAAUGGCGUCUCGGAGCGUCUGAAUUUAACCUUGGUCACCAAGGCACGGUGCAUGCUGAUAGAUUCUGGCUUAGGCAUGCGGUAUUGGGGUGAGGCUGUCAUGACAGCGAUAUAUAUUAAAAAUAGGUCACCCACUGCCGCUGUGCCUGGUGCCACUCCAGAGGAACUAUGGUCAGGAUCCAAAGUGGACCUGAGCCACCUAAAGGUAUUUGGAUGCAAAGCCUUCUGCCAUAUACCUGAUUGUAAACGUUCCAAGUUCAGUGAAAAGUCCAAAGAAUGUAUCUUUGUGGGCUAUUGUGAGGAAUCUAAAGGGUAUAGAUUAAUUGAUCCCAAAAAUCCUACUAAAGUCAUUAAGGCGAGAUCUGUACAUUUUAUUGAAACUGUGAUGAAUGAU